UUUAUUUCCAUUCAAAAUGUGACAAAGUAGGUUUUAGUUAUGUUUAACCCGUACUAUUCGUGUAGGCGCCCGGUGAAGAUGAAUGAGUAUGGAAUGAAGAGGAUACCGGAUUAUACAGAAUUGGCGUACAAAGAAGCGGUGUCUAAAUUAAAGUAUUUCUUAUCGGGAAAUAAUGCACCGAGCGUCCGUAGCUACGGAGGUUCAGCUUCAAUUAAAAACCUCGAUGAAUCUGAUGGUGAUCUCGAUAAGAAAUAUUCGUCAUCGUUCAAUACCUUGUCUGAAUACAAGCCACGACCGCGGCUGACGGCCAAAUAUGCUACAUUGUACGCAGACAGCCUGAACAACUACAUGCCGCCUCAGCCAAAUGUUACUAAUAUUGCACCACCAGCAUCCGCUGACUUGAGUGGCGGAACCAAUCCUGAUGUGGUCAACUUUAUACAGAAACAGGAAGAGUACAUUGAGCAACUCGAACGGGAAAGUCAAUAUUGCAGGGACGAAUUGAACAAUCUUCUCGGUAAAGUUAAAGAGGUUAUAUCAGAAAAUGAACACUUGCACGAGGCUCAAAAGAAUAAGCUCAUUUCUCGAAUGUUCCACACUUAUAAUGCUGGCUCUGAGACUGACGAUCUAGAUGAUGUCGGUGACAGCACUGGACUGGACAGCGAUAAUAAGGUAUCUCCUUCAAAAACUCGCAGACCUAAAUCUCGAUCUGUAAAACUCGAAGGACCAAACAUCGUCUUCGAAUCACGCAUCGCUGAACUAGAGGCUCAGCUGACACAGGCUAAAAUAGAUCUUAAGAAGGUCCAGGAUGAAAACAACGAAAAUAAACGUAAGCUUGCCAAUGGUCUCGUGGACUCGACUUGUCUGGACGGUUUUAAAAGGCAAAUCGAUAAUUUACAAAGAGAUAAAUCUACUUUGGAGUCUCAGAUAUCUAAGCUGAAACUGAAUCUAGAGCAGAAGGAAGGCGAUCUGGACACGCGCUACAAAAGAGGUUCGGAUGCUGUUGAACAACAACUCAGAGAGGAGAGAAAUAAUUUAGAAAUGGAAAUAAGCAGACUCAAGGCGGAGCUGGCGGCGGAGCGCGGGCGCGCGCGCUCGGCGUCGGGCGAGGGCGCGCGGCGCGCGCAGCGCGAGCGCAGCGCGGCCGAGCAGCGCUACCUCGCGCACUGCGACGAGCUGCAGCACGACCUCGCCGCGCAGUUCGACAACGUCGCCAAGCUGCAGUUGGACUUGGAACGACAACGUCGUGAUGAAAACGAUUUAAAAAGGGAGCUAUCGAUGAAGAAUGCCGCAAUUGAAGAAUUGAAAAUGGAACUUAAGAACAAAAGCGCGUCCCUUCAAGCAGAUCUGGCUCAAGCCCACGCAGAAAAAGCAUCCCUCGAGGAAGAGCUAGCGAGCGCUAGACUUGCUAUCGAAAGACAUCAACGACAAUCCAAGCAUGAAGUUAACCGACUUAAUUCUGAAAUUCAGUCACUUCGACAACGCUUAGACAGAGCUGAUGCAGAUUUGGUUCAUUCACGUCGCGAAAACCUGCGUCUUUCGGAACAGAUCUCCAAUCUAGAAAAAGAGCUUAAUUUGAAAAACUUGACACCGAUAUCACCAGAGAAGAACAGGAAGGAGAAAGAAUUGUCAACGAUGCUAGAAUCGAUGGAGAAUAAGCAUGCUAAGACCGUGGCUGAGUUGGAGUCCAUGAUUCAUUCACAAAACAGUCUGAUGGAGAAACUCACCAGCGAAUGUCGUUUGCUUACCGACAAGCUCGACGACACAAAUCGUAGGCACAAAAUGGAAAAAACACAGUUGCUUUGCAGAAACUCUGAACUUAUGAGAAAACUUAGAAAUCUGUGGUCUUCUCAUAAGAAAUACUGCACGACCACUAUAGCACCGUAUCGAAGUUACACUCCAUUAAGUGGAUAUCCAAGUAGCUCAUCAUGUGACUUAGACCGCACUUAUUUGACCUCAACGCCUUAUACAUAUAGAAAUAGGUUUAGAAGAACCGAUGGAUCUAGUUACAUUGGUAAUGCGAAUGACGAAAUCGGUAAUCUGAGCAGAAAUUUAAGUGAUCUUUCAAUAGAUAAAAUUGGUGAUUCUGAUGAUGAUCCGAUAAAGCACCUUCCUCGCACACAACCAAUACCAACAGAAUAUCAAAUUCCCCGACCGGCGCCGGAUCAGACGAUUCCAGAAAUGAGUCCGCCGGAGACUCCACAUUCAGAGAAAACAACGAUAUCGGAGACGUCGCUGGAAACCACGAAAAAUCAAGAAAUAUAGAUCAACCCAUACGAGAUCAAACUAAUGAUAAGAAUAUAUCACAAGACGCACAAAAUUACAGCACAGAAAUAUCACAAGAUGUAGUAAGCAACAUACAAGAUAAUAAUGAAGAUUUGAAUGUAGUAGAAAAAAAGAUAACAAAACAAAAUUCACACGAUUCAAACGAUAGAGAUGAGAAAUCCAUAAAGAAAAAAUCAUCAAGAGAAAUGACACCCGAAAAACAUGUGAAACAUGAAAUAGAAAAGGAUAUUUCGAAACUUGAAAGCAAUGAAGAAUUUGAUGAAGAUCAAAAAGUCGCUGAAA